UGCUAAUUGAUUUCAGAUGGGGUAACCACAAUUGGUCAUUAGAUAUAAGUGAGGGUCUGAACACUGGCAAUUUCUUUCAACAUGGACCAGGAUAGACAGCAAGGAAUUGGAAGAGCUCGUGGACGAGGGAUCCGUCAGAGAGGUGGGCAUGGGGCCCAUCAAAGGGUUGGUCAUCGGAGAGGGGGAGGCAGAACUGUUGUCUCUAAUGAAGUCCGGGCCAUCGUCGUUGAUAAUGUGGUGAACCGAGGCCUUACUAUGGCAGAAGCUGCCAGAUUAGUUGAGCCAAAUCUAAAAAGAUCAACUGUCAAUUCUAUCAUCCGAACCUUUCGCCAAGAAAACCGAAUUAACAGAAAACCCCAUAGUGGUGGUCGUGGCCGUGUGCUGACCGACCAGCAAGAGUUGGCAGUGGUGGAAAUGGUGAGGGCCAGGAAUGAUAUACGGCUGUCAGAAAUAAAGCAGGAAAUUGAGGAGAACAAUGACACCUUUGCCAAUGUGGCAUCCAUCAGCCUACCAACAGUAGCCCGCCUUUUAAAGCGGCACCAGGUAUCAAUGAAACACAUUUACCUGGUGCCUUUUGAGAGAAACAAUGACCGGGUGAAACAACUAAGGGCUGAGUAUGUUCAGAGGGUUAUGGUGCUUGACGCUGAUGUGAACCAUCACAAGUACGUUUUUGUUGAUGAAGCGGGCUUUAACCUUGCCAAAACUCGUCGCCGUGGACGUAACAUUAUCGGCCAACGGCCACUGUCCAAGUGCCUGGACAACGUGGAGGAAACAUCUCUAUGUGCGCAGCUAUCUCUGAAGAUGGUGUCCUAG